AAGAUGAUUACGCCCUAAGCGUCAUGCAUUUAGUCAUUCAUGUUAACCAAUGACUUAAAUUCUGCCAAGUCACUGGGUUUUCCUGGCUGGCCCAGGCAACCCAUUCCAUGCUCUAAUAGCGCUAGGGAAGAAGGAGCAUUUGUACAAAUUCGUCCUAGCAUGAGUAAAAUAACUAAACUUAAUUGAAAUGGUUUGCUUUUAAAAUACUAGAUAGUGUUGUUCGUAUCACUAACUCUUAAUAUGUUUAAGUUUAUGAUGUUACUAAUCUAGAUCCAGAUCGAGAUCUAAACUAUAAAAAGCAACUGAACAUUGCAAAUAAUUAUGCCAUUCUGUAUUUCUUUCUUAUUUAGUUCUACCCUGUUUCCUAGCCCGGGUCGCCCCCCUUUCCCGAUUCUCCCGCUUUCUGUCUUUAUAUUCUCCUAAUUCUGUGCUUGCAUAUUAGAGUACCGCGGGGACCGGAUAUAAUUAUGCACGAAUUGAACGCACCCGCGACUGCGUCAUGACCAAGCUAGACGCCGAGUUGGCAGUUCUCACAGUGGCCAAGUGCACCCUUUGCCAUCUAUAUCUAUAGAGUCAGUACUUGGGGCCAGGUCCGUCAUCUCAACACAACCGGCACUCUCAGACCACAUGUCCGUUUGAGAAAUGAAUUUCACCGAUGCAGAGGUUAUCAUGCCUAGGAUGCACACUGGAGAAAUAACGCCACGGAUAUCAAGAAUUCAACCAUUUCAGUAUUUCGCAACAACGACUUUCCAUUCAGCUUUGUCCAACUUAGCGACUGCCAAACCAGCAUUGAGGGGCCAAAAGAAUCAGCAUUUUAUUUUGAACAGCUUGACUGUCACAUUAGCAAACAAUGGCCAACAGAAGUUAUAUGAGCUCUCGGCAUCAUCUCCUGUCGGGAUAUUCUCCUUUGUCUUCUUCCAGAAGUGGUGUCAACUCGUCAUCUCGCUCAAGCCCUCCAGAGUUUUCUUAUGACGCAUUAGCCAGAUCUCACUCCGAGAGAAGCAGCUCAAGGGAGAGCACCUCAUACAGCAGAGCGCAGCCUUCCUCAACUAAUACCAGUCUCACGAUGGCCUACCCGAACGUUAAUGAAUUCCCUUACGGUCUUUCUGGGGUUCAAAUGCCCACUUAUAAUUUUGGAUCUGAACUUUAUAACUAUGUAAGUAAUGGUUUUCCAAGAAAAUCUCGCAUGUGCACGUUUUGCAACAAAGUGUUUACGCGCUCCACUACUAGACGCUAUCAUGAGCGCAGAUGCCCUCUUCUAAGAGCAUCAAAUAGUCUGGCCAAAAAUGAGGAGAAUAACACAGCGGCAGCAGUCGCGGCCGCAGCUGCAUUGAAAGAGCAACAACAACGUCACAAAGAAGCAGCAAAUGCUAGUGCGAAUCAGCUGCCUUCUGCCCCAAGGACAGUGAACUCCAGCUCUGCUAACAUAACUUCGCAUGCUGGUAGCAAUCUGCCUUCUGCACCGACACCUGCAUCACCCCCACCACAAACCUUACACCCGGCUUACCCUACUUCAUUCCCUGUCACCAACCCCAUCAAUGCUCUAGGAUCUAGUCCUUCCAGAGGGGCAGCAUCGGCUUACAGCUAUGCUCACUAUGGAAGCCAUUUUUAUAAUUCCAUCUCAGCUGCUGCCAUAGCCUCUUUGGACCAAAACAGCAACACGCUGCAGUCAAAGAAAGAGUCUGACAGCAUGUCCUGGUCGUCCUCACCCUCCCCUUCUUCUAAGAACAGAGAGCACAGCAAUUCUAUUUUGGGACUGUCUGCUCUUUCCAAAUCAUUCAACUCUGACUCAGGUAUGGAUCUCACAGCUAAGUACUGCUCAGAUUUCAGCAUUAGAUCCCAGCCCCCAGUGUUCCCACCAUCGUCUCUACGUGGUAUUCCUUUGGCCACAGAGUCUCCUGAACCAGGAGAAACCAAAUCUGACAAGCUGCAGGUUAAAACGGAUAGAAGGAGGUCACCAAGCCCUCAUGAGUAUAAACGCUUAUCAGGUAGAGAACGUGACUGGCCCAGCCCAAACAACGAGAAGAUGGAAUACCCUGACAAAAUCACUGUUGCCAACAUUUCCGGUGCCCGCUUGAAAAUGACGCCAUCCACACCACCCCCAUUGUGGAAUAACAAAGCUCAUGUUGAUAGAUCCCAGGAAGAGUUCAGCUCAACCAAUCUGAUAGAAGAAGAUGAGGAAGAUGAAGAAGAAGAUGAAGAUAAUGAAGAAGAGGUAGCUGAAGAUCAGGAGCAGUUCAAUGAAAGUCAUAAUGAGGAGGACAUAAAGUUAGAAUCUGAUGCAUUAGAUAUGUCACAGUCUCUUGUAUGUCAGUAUUGUCAGAAAUCCUUUGCAGAUAGCAUCACUAGAAAGGCUCACGAGGCUCUUCAUUCACAAACUAAGUCAUUUGCUUGUUCUCUCUGCACCAGUGCAUUUCAUUGUGCAUACAGCCUUCGCAUUCAUUUCCUGCGCCAUCACAACGAGGGGCCAUACAAGUGUAAGCAUUGUUCUGCUACAUUUGAAGAUAUUAUGGCACUGAAAAAACACCUUGUUUCUGAGCAUACACUACCAAAGCAAGAAAUUUGUUCACUCAAGUACUUCUCCCUCCUGGACAACUCAGAGGCAGGUCAAAGCAUGCCCCACAAUAUGGCUUUGUCAGAUGGUGAACAUGAUAGCAAAGAGAGCAACAGCCUCCUGCAGCGACGAAGUGCUGACAGUCUCCCAGAUGUUCUGAAAGACUCAGACUCAACAACGAAGAAACUCUGCUCUGAUGAGGUGGAGGAGCAAGCAGCCAACGGAGAAUCAGUGGCAGAAGAAACUGAAGUUUGCAGAGUUUGCAACAAAUCAUUUGCAAAAUCUUUUAUACGUUUUCAUGAACGAUCACAUGCUGUUCAGAAGCCAUAUGCAUGUCCACUUUGUAAUAAAAGAUUUGGUUACAAGAACAAUAUGAAGUCACAUAUGAAGCUCCACCAGGGACUAAAGCCAUAUCAGUGCCAAAUUUGUGGUGCAAGAUUUACAAGAGGGUCAACAUUGCGCAGGCAUGGCAGGCGUCAUGAUGUCCCACGAAAUGCAAUGCUGGAUUUUGUUUUGUAUAAUCAAACGAGUGGACAUACUCAAAGCACAGGUCCCAGCACCAAGGCCAUUACCAAUACAUCAGUGACCACAACAUCACAAAGAGCAUCCACAACUGCCCCUAGUCCACAUUAUGCUAAUCAUUCUAGAAAAACCCCAACAGAAUCAAAUUCUAAUUUCCCACAAAACCAACGCCAUUCCCUUCCUCCCCCAACUAACUUAGAGCUAGAGAACUAUGUCAAUGCUGCAAGACAAACUCCACCCAAAAACUCACCUCAGAACAUGGUCUCACCAAGAUUAAUGCCCACUCACUUGACCACAAACUCCUUGGCAUCACCAAUGGCUGGUAGUUUAGCAGCAGUGGCUGCUGCUAAUCUAUUUGCUUACCCAGCAGCUGCAGCCCCUCAUCUUUAUCAGUUUUACGCAUCAACUAACCAGCUCAUUAACUAUUCAGCUUAUGCUGCAGGCCACAGCCUGACUCCUUCAGUACAAUCUGAUGCUCUUAACUUGAGUAUUGGAAAAAGAAAGUCUGUAUAUGAUGACGAGACUAACAGAAGUAAAGAAAAAUAUCCUCGAAGGAGUGUAAAUGGAAGCAAUGGCUUAAGUCCAGUGAAGAAGUCUUGGGAAAAAGAGAAUAUUAAAGUUGAAGCUGAGGAACCUGGGGAGAUGACCAAACGAGAGGGACGUAACCCAUUUAUUGAUUGUUUCUCUCCAAAAAAAGAAAAACACAUCAAUACCAAUGGAAAUCCAGAUAUAAAAAGCAUGGACACAAAAGAGGAGCUAAAAAUUUCAACAGAAGAUUUUGGUGCUCAAGUGAAUAUUUGCUGUCCAAGCCCACUGGUUCAGUCAUCAACAGGCUCACUUCAAAACCAUGGCUCAUCUGGGAGUCCAGUUGGCUCAUCCUGCAAUGGAAACAAUAUCCAUUCUCAUGCUAGCCCUUCUGGUCUCAGCUCUCACAGCAGCCCAGCCAAUUCCACACACUCAGCCCCAAGCCCUAGCAAUAUAAAUGACCACCACCUUCAGGAGCUUCUCCUGUCUCUUCUGACUUCAGGCAGGAUGUUUCGCUGCUCUUAUUGUGAGAUUUACUUUACUGAGUAUGCCAUGUUUCGCCUGCACCAAAAGUACCACCAGUCUGACACAGAGAGGCCAUUCCUUUGUUCUGUCUGUGGUGAAGAUUGUAAAGACAAAACCUACUUUACUGUUCAUUUAUCUGAACAUCUUGGUCUAGGUGCAAAAGGUGGUCUAGCUUAAAAAUUAGCGUACUCUUUCUCUUGUGACUAAAAGUGAUUUUUUUUUUUAAAGUUAUUCAUUUUUCAAAAUGUUGUUUGACUGCUUAUUGAUAUACACUCAACAACAUGAGCUGUGGAUUAUUAAAAACAUUACCAUCAUUAAAAAAAAGACAUGAACAAGAACUAAAUAAAGAUUAUAUAUGUGUCAGUUGUACACUCAAAACUAAGGAAUAAAAACAUCUAUUUAUAGUGUGUACACGGUGACAAUAAAUUAUUGUUGGGAGUCAUCUUUCAAACUGGUUCAAUCUCAUCAGGGAUGUGUCCUAACAUACUGUUACAAUGCUGUUGAAUGCAUCACAUAUUUAUGUGUCCUAAUGUACUGUUACAAUGCUGUUGAAUGCAUCACAUAUUUAUGUGUCCUAAUGUACUGUUACAAUGCUGUUGAAUGCAUCACAUAUUUAUCUUCAAUUCUUUAAACAGAGAAUUCCUUCCCCUAUUGUUGUCCAAUUCACACUCUGAAGUUUCCAUUUGCAUAAUUAUUUUUUAUUUUUACGGGUAUUGAAUUUUUUUUUUUAAUCUUAAUUUAUGUAAAAAAAAACAAAAAAAAACAAAUAUGGUACUAAAAAGUUAACUUUUCGGUUUGUAGAAUUAACAAAAUUAAAAUAUUUCACAUUUCCAAUCUCUGAAUUUCAGCAAUGUUCCAUGCUGGCUUUUUAUAUUUGCUUCCUAUUGACUUCAAUUUAAGAAUGUAAUUAUAUAAUAUUUUGCAUCAAAAGUAUUAAAAAAGCAUUAUCUCUUUGACUCAAUAUCAUUUGGAAUGUUUUGAUAUUUAGAGGCUGAUCUUGAAGUGUUGACUGGUGAUGGGUAUUUGGCUGUUGCUUUUUUUGUAUUUUUAUGCUUUAACAGCUUGAGAAAUAGUUUGAAAUGUAUAUAUAGCCAACACAAAUUGUAAGAGGCACUGCUGAAUAGCUUGAAGUAUAUAUUUUAAUAUGUUUAAAAAUAGGAUUAGCUAGAAUAUAUAGGCGUUAGAUGGAAGUAGUGGCAAGUUAAAUUUAGAACACAUAAAAAACGAAUUGUAUGGGCACAAAUCAAAGGCCCAUAACUAUAUUUUUAUACACUCAAGAAAAAAAUUCUACCUCAAUGGUUUCAGUACAAUUUGUAUAUUUCAUUGCAGGGAUUUAUUCAUUUUCACUUUAUACUAUACAUCCAUUUUUCUUCCCAAAGUUUGUAUUUAAUAACAUUUCUAUAUUGUUGCAUAAAGCAUUCAUCUUUUAUAAUAUAUAUAUUUACACUAGUUUGUUUUUAAACUGCCAAAUUUUCCAUGAUAUUGCAUUUACUAUUUCUAAGUGUGGAAUCAAUCGAAAAAAAAACAAACAAAUUUAAACACACACUUAUUGACACUUAAGGAGUGUGAAUAUAAAUUUUAAAAUUUUUAUUUUAUUCUGCAAUUACCUUUCCAUAUCAAGAUUCCUAGAUGUUAACAGCAUUCUACACACUCCAAACCAAUAUCUGAAACAGUAUUGCUGACAGAGUUCACAGUGAUGUGUUCUCAAACUUCCAUAAUCUGCUUUCAUUUUUUAUUUGUAUUGAAUGGAAAGCACUGCUUAAAUUUUAUUUUGCUUUUUUCAUUCUAUGUGUGUGUGUAAGCUUUGGGAAAAGUGUUUAUUUAUUAUAACAGACCAAUAAUACGGGUAUGGUUCUUUAAGUCAUGAUGUGAUUUUUUUUAAAGUAUAUUUAUCUUUUUGAUCUCAAUUCUUUUUUUUUUAAAUGAAGUUUCUACUGCUUUAGUCUCAUAAAAUCUGUUCAUAACUAUAGUUGAUUGUAAGCCACCCCACCUCCCCCUUUCCCAAGUUAUUCCUGAUGACUAAGCCCAUUUUAUAGCCUUCUUCCUGUUUUUUAAAUGAAGCAGAAAUUACAUUUGAAGUAUUGGAUCAAUCCUUGUCAGUAAGCCUGAUUUUCUGCUUAAAAUUUAGAGAAAAGUGUACUAACACAGCAUUAAAAGUAAACAAGAUUGUAUAUACUUGUAUUAUACAAUACCUAUAGCAAGAAAAUCAAAUUAAACAAAUAUAUUUAUCAAGAACCAUUUUAAAGUUUAAAAUAUGAACUUCUUUUUUUCAACUACACGAUGGUUUGGGGUAUUAAAGGACUAGAGAAAUAUCUGAAUUUAACUGCACUGAAGUUUUCUGUUCAGCUCUCUAUAGAGUUUAUUAUUCAAUUUAUAAAUGUAGCAAACAGAUUUUUUUUUUCUCUGCUAAAUGGAUAAACAUUUCUAAGAAGGACUCCCUUAAUGUAAUCAUUUUAUUUAGAAUAUUUCUAAGCAAGGCUAUAAACUAGGUCUUUCCAAAUAGUAUAGUUAUGACAACUAUUUUCUCUUGAUGCAGUAAUUAUUUGUGUGCAUCUAAGAAUGUUAUCUUUUAUCCCCCUCCUUCCGGUAUAGCUCACACAAAAAUGUUAAUAUGUCAAGAGUAUGGGGAUCAUAAUGCAUUCACUGGAACAUCUGUGCACUGCAGUAUCAGUUUUGCUUAGCAGUUUUAUAUGCAGGCUUUUGUCACCUGAGGCUUACACUUUUUUUUUGUCUAACACUUCUGUAACAGCUGGAAUAAAGUUAAGCAUGCUUUGCACUGAUCUAGCUUGGGAUAUUGAAAAAUAUUAAAAAGAACAAUAAAAAGAAAUAAUUUUUUUAAUGUUGUUUCUCAUAAAGCUUAGCCGCAGAAUGACUGUUAUCAUGUUUUUUUUGUGUUUUCUCUAUCAGGCUAACAGAAAAAUGCUGACAUUAUAUUUAUAUUAUUAUAAUGCACAAAUUGUAAGACAAAUUUCCAUACGGACAAUAAAGAUUAUUAAUAUUAUUAUUAAAAAAAAGCAAAGUCUUCAUAAUGCUCACAUCUUGAAAUCUGGUUUCUAAUGAUUGGACAUAGUUGGGAGGUGGCAAAGCAAAAGAAAAUUCAGUUUUAUCCCCCCCCCCCCCAAAAAAAAAAAAACCCAUUAAAAACGACUCACACCUGGCUAUGCCUUGAGACUAAUGAGUAACUUAUUAUAUCACCUGUACAAUCAAUGUGUUGAUAAAGGAGUUGUUUUGGAUUGGGUUGGGUUUAAUUUUUCAUUGUUCUAACAAAAAUUGAGAAUUAGAAUUUCGUUUCUGAGAUUCACAGUUGACAAUAAUUGUCUUUUCUGUGAGUUUGUACAUAGAUUAUAUAACAGUCUGCCUGUUCAUCUUUUGUAUAUAUAUAUAUAUAUAUAUAUAUAUAUAUAUAUAUAUAUAUAUAUAUAUAUAAAUAUAUAAUUAUAUAUAUAUAUAUAUAAUUAUAUAUAUAUUUAUAUAUUGUUUGCUGUACAUCCAAGUUUUUCUGACAUCUUUCUGCAGUGAUAAUGCAUUGAUAUUCAACUCAGGAAAGACAACUCAGGUGAUCUCACAUUAUUAUUUGUAUAUAUUUACACAUAGUUACAUACCCUUUGCUUCAAUUUUUGUCCCCAAAUUAUCACACUUUUUUUUAUGUACAUAUGACUAUUUGACUCUGUAUCUUGCAUUUUCUUAAUAAAAUAUAUUUGCUUCGCCACACAAUAUUUUUUGUUGACGCUGAAGGUUCGCAAAAGAAAGAAAAAAUACUUUUUUUUUCCAUCUGAUUUCAAAAUAAACAUUACCAAAGUAUUGAAAGAUAUUGUCUUUAGAUUUCGUCCCCAAUGUUACUCCAGAACUUUCCUCAGGAACUUGUACACAUUCACAUUUUUUUUUUACAUCUUUCCAAUUAAAAUUAUAAUAGCGUGUUGGAAAAUCUCAGGAUUUUUACUUUUCAUUUUUUUUUUUGCAACUAUUUAAGAACCUUGUUAUAUACUCUCAUCUCAGGACCUUGCUAAUAUUGUUCAAAUCUGUUAAUUAUUGUAUUGAUAUAUUAUACGUUGAACUGCUUCAGAAAUGUUUCUUCAUAAAGUAACUGUUGGACACCUUCUAUCAUGCUGCGUUUGAAAUUUAUUUUGAGACUUUUGUUGCCCCUUAAUUUUUUAUUGCUUGACCAAUCAGUUAAUUUCAAACAUAUUUUUGGGGGGCAUAAUAUUAAUAAGAUGAGACAGUAAAUUAUUUUCAUUGUAUUUUAAGUCUGACAAGCUAAAAUCUUUCAUUAAUGGCUCAAUACAUUGUGACUAUUUUCUUAAGUGGUCAGUUGAUAAAUAAUAGACAUUGGUUUUUUUUUGCAGCUAUUAAACAAAAUAGAUUUGCUGUAAAGAUUUAAAAAGAUUUCACUCUUUUCUUCAUGAAACAAAAAUUUGAAUCAGAUGCUUUAGCAUUUCACUGUUUUCUUAGUGGAAAGGCAUACACAUUUGCUUGCAAACUCAUUUUAGAUUUUUUUUUUAAUUUAAUAUCUCUCUAAUGUUGAAAAUGGAGUUUACUAUAAUAAAAUUAUGGCUAUUCUCAUACUUAUAUUGAAAUUUUCCAUGACGAUUGGUACCCCGAUGAUAUCGUGGUUGGCCUACAAUGUUUCACAUUGCAAUUAGGGCUGGCUAUUUUUAUUUGCUAUUGAUUCAAUUAUGUAUGUAUUAUUUUAUCUACAUUAACUUAAUACUAUUGAUGUCUUUCUUUCCUUUCUUUUUCUUUUAAAAACCUUUUUCAAAAGGUUGUUAAUAAUUUUCAAAAAAAGUUUUCUUUUUUUUUUUAUGUUAUUUUUUGUGUGCAUUACUUCUUUGUUUCAUGGUGUCCCCCUUUGAUCACUCAGGCCAUAAUAAUUGGAGAAAGUGUGAUAACUCUUACUGUCAUAGACAUUUGUUGAACUUUGGUGUUGUAUCCACCCUGUACAUCUCUUUGAAUCCCGGGAGUUAAAUUAUGUAAAUAACAAUUGCAUGUUGUGUGUUGGCUUUGUUUUCUCCAUGUUUUGUUCUGUUUUCUGGUGUUGAAUUUGGCUUAACUUUCAACAUAGAAGAGUGAAUUGCUGUGAAUCAUUUGAAUUCGAUGCUAUUAAUUUGAACAAUAUUGUUAACAUUUAAUCAAUAACAGUCAUAUCACAACGCUACAAAUCGUUAUUCUUGCAGCUUUUCUUUUCUUUUUUUUUUACCAAAGAUAAACAUAAAUUUAAUCAGACAAAUAUGUAGAAGAGAAUAGGAGAACAGUGUAGAGUUUUAUAACAUCUCUUUUUUCUACAAGUUAAUUAUGUAGAAAUUCUAUUUGAAAAAAGAAAAUAUUAACUUUUUUUUUGUUUAUAUGAAAAAUGAUUUCCUUGCAAUUAAAUUUUUGAAAGCAUUCCAACUUUUAAAAGGUAAGAUCUUAGCUUUACAAAUUGUGUCAUGUAAUGGAGGUAUUAUUAAAGAUGAUUACAUUAUAUCAUUUGAAUGAUGAUUCUGUUGUAUGUUUAAUUCUUUAUAGUUAGUCAAAAGACUAGCAUUGUACAUAUUGCUUCAUUUCUUGAGAUUAAAAAAACAAAUUGGUAUAACAGAUUUUUUAGUAUUGUAUUUUUUAUUGGAUAACUUGUAAUAUCAUCUUUAGUUUGGUCAACUUGUUUAUUUGUAAUGAAAUAAUAUUUUAAUUUAAAGUAGUUAAGAGAAUAAUGAAGCUAUUCCUUACCAUUACACCUGUUUUUUUAUUUAAAUAUUUUUGCAAGUUUAAAUUCAAAUAUUCAGUUUGUGUUUAUAAAAGAAUUCUAUAGUUUUUUGUUUGUGUUGAAUUUAAUUUGCAUUGUUACAUUGAAAAGCUCUUAACAAGUGUGAAUUCUUUGAAAGACAAUGUUCUUGUUCUUGUCUUUCUUUGACUUGUUCAAGUUUUUCAUUUCCUUCUUUCUACACAUAAUGUUUAGUGUCAACAGCAUUUUAAUACAAUGGUGUCUAUCGCCUUUUUUUUUUUAAAUUGAUAUUGUCUGUUAUAUAGAUAGGGUACUUUAUUUUUCUUCCUUAAGACACUUCAUGUUGUUUCUAUAUGUUUGAUAUUUGUUCGUUUGCCCCUGGCCUACAUUGACAUAUGAUAAGGCGAAUUUAAGACGUCAUUGAAAAUAUAUUGUCUAAUAAUGAGGGCAUUAUUAAAAACAACUCAUUUGAUUCGUAGACUGAUAAAUGAAUUGUUCAUGGUUUCGCUAGCAAGUUGGAUGUACACAAAGUCAGCACAAAGCUUUAAUUCUUCUUUGAUGUAUUUAUUUACAUGUUCAAAUCAUUUCAAAGCUGUAGAUCUGAUUUUUAAAUACAUUUUGUGUGUUUGUUAACUUUUCAAAGAUUGUAGCCUAUAUAAAAACUGUUUGUGUAUUUAGUAUUUUCAUUCCCUAUGUCAUAUCAAAAGUUCAACUCACCAAGGUAUGUGUUGUUAAUGUUGUCCAAGAUGUCACUCAAAAAAAAAACUCACAUCAUAAUAUUACUUGUCAUAUUUAUUACAAAGUUUGUAUAUUACUGUCUGCUUUCUAAUGUGUAGCAAUAGGUUGUGCAUAUAGACACCAUAUUUUGAACUUUGAACUUGUUAAUUUCAUCAGUCUUUUUUUUUUAAAUAUAUAAUAAUAUAUUUAUAUAAAUAAAUAUAUAUAUAUUUCAAAAUGUCUUUAUCAUUACUGCAGUUGGACAAAUUAAAAUCAAUCAAAAUGCAUAUUAUAACAAAGCUUUUGCACAAUCACAAUCUAAUAGCAUUACUGGCAAAAUCACUUUUUUUUUCAAAUAUCAAAAGCUUAAUUUUUGUUAUUUUACUGAUAAGUAAUCUUGAAAAAAGUAAUUUAUAGAUAUGAAGCAACAUAGCCUAAUUUAUGUGUUUUUCAUCCUUUUAAGAGUCCCUUUUAUUAUUUGUUUUGUUUAGAUUUUCUUUGAUUAAUUUAAUUUUUUGUUAGUCUAUUAUUUUUGUUACACAAAAUAAAUUUUGUAUUAAUGUAAUUAUUUAACACUUGGCUAUUUAUAUAAAUAAAAUGUGUCCAGGUUUAUAAGAAAGUUCGGUGUUUGAAAAUAUAUUUCAAAAGUAGAUCUGAAAAUAAAAAUUGGUCUAACAUCUUGAACUGAAGGUGGCCACAGACUGUGGAGGGCAGUGCAUUAAAUAAAUAUAUUGUUCUCUUUACAA